AUGAACGAAGCCAGGGAUCUUAAAAGAAAAGAUAGCCAAACAGACGACUCUUUCCAGACGGCCAUCUAUGACGAUAUUGAGCUCCAGGCAAUCAAUGGCGGAGCAAAACAUUUGAACGGGAAAGCAAACGGCCAUUGCAAGGACUCGAAUGCUUCAUCAUCUAACAACGAAAUAAUGUCUGCCGUUAACUGUAACUAUCGACCUACGGAUGAUACAGCAAACAUAUUACCGGCUGACAGUGGUCCAGUCGAAGACUUAUACGCUGUGCCAAAUAGAUUAGUCAUAAGUGAACCAGCCGAGCCUUUGUUAAGUGACAAAUCGCAAACCACUGAAAAAGGGGAGAAAACCACUACACCUGGUACUUUUUUCUUUUUGUUUUUAUCUUUUUCCGUUUCGUUCUUUUUUCGUUCUUUUUAUGUUUUUUUUAAAUUUUCUUACUUUUUCUUUUUAUUCGUAUUUUUAUUCUUUUUUUCGAUUUCAUUUUUCGUUUAUCUUUUUCUUUUCUUUUUCACAUUUUUUUGCUUUUUUAUCUUUUCGCAUUUCAUUUUUAUCAUUUUCGCCUUUCUUUUUAGCUUUUUCGUUUUAUCUUUUCUUUCUUUUUGUCCUUUUUAUCAUUUCCUUCUUUUUUUUCUUUUUAUUCUUUCUUCUCUAUCAUUUCCUUCUUUCUUUCUAUCUUUUUAUUCUUUCUUUUUAGGUUUUUCUUUUUAUCUUCUUUCUUUUUGUCUUUUUUAUCAUUUUCUUUUUUCUUUUCUUCUUUACUUUUAA